AUGUUAAACAAGAAGCUGGAGUCGAAGUACCUGCCGAUCAUGUAUAGCAUCGAGUUCAUCGUGGGGCUGAUCGGGAACCUCAUCGUCAUUUGUGGCUACGUGUUUUGCCUGAAGGAGUGGAAGUGCAGCAACAUCUAUCUCUUCAACCUGUCCAUCACCGACCUGGCAUUCCUCUGUACCCUUCCCCUCCUCGUCAACCAGUACAAUCAUGAGGGCCAAUGGCAAUUCAGUGACUUCACAUGCCACCUGGAUCGCUUCCUACUCUACAACAACAUGUACCUCAGCAUCCUCUUCCUCACCUGCAUCAGUGUUGAUCGCUACCUGCUGGUCAACAACCCACUGAAGACGUACCGGUUUCAGAGCAAACGGGGAGCCAUGUUUGUGUGUUUCCUGCUGUAUGUGUCUGUCACCUUGGCCCUCAUCCCCAUGUUAGUCAUCAUCGAACUCCAGAAUGGGGGGAGCUGCACCGACUAUGCCAGCUCGGGAAGUGCCCAAUACAACUUCAUUUACAGCAUGUGCCUGACCAUCUUCUGCUUCAUCUUUCCUCAGUGCGUCAUGAUCUUCUCUGGCAUCCAGACAGCCAGAGCCUUGAAGAAGAUGAGCAAACAGCAUCAUAGGAACGUCUCCCUGGAGAAGCCCCUCACCCUGGUCAUCCUGGCUGUGGGCUCCUUUACCAUGUUCUUCACUCCUUACCACAUCAUGAGGAAUAUCCGCAUUGUCUCUCGGAUGGAGAGCCUAGGCUUCUCGAACUGCACCAAGUCCUAUAUAAAGGCUGGAUACACGGUCACCCGGCCCAUAGCUUACCUCAACGCUGCCACCAACCCCAUCUUUUAUUUCCUACUGGGAGAUCAAUUCAGGGAGACACUGAUGAGCAGCAUCAAGUCACUAUUCCACCGAAUGUUCCCAUCUUACGGGAGACAGGUUCCAGCUUACUCACCGCAAGGUCCUGCCAAGACAUGUACCACAAUCGUGUGA